CAGAUGAGCGCACAUUCAAAGAGGGAAAAAGGAAAUCUUCAAAACACACAAUUUUUUCAGUUUAAUAUUCAGAGAGGCAAUGGAGGAGACGUACCUUCUCAACUAUCCAGGGGUCAAGAAGAAAAUCCUGACAGGAGGCAAAGGACCACUGCCUCAUUUUCCUCCUGGGACAAAGCUGGUCUUCCACUUCCAAACCCUGCUGGACAACUUUGAGCGGACGGUCAUCGAUGACAAUCGACUGGCCGACAGACCGGCUGAGAUCUUUGUUGGAAGGAUGUUCAAGAUGGAAAUUUGGGAGCCCAUGCUAAUGUCUAUGAGGGUUGGAGAGGUGGCUGAAUUCUGGUGUGACGCCAUUCACACAGGCUUAUAUCCUAUUGUGUCCAAGGGAAUGAGGCUGAUUGCUCAAGGGAAAGACCCCCUGGAGGGCCAGAAACACAUGUGUGGCAUGGGGAACCUGUUCCACUAUCACUCCACUGGUUUCCCUGAGCUCGACGAGAUAAUGCGAAAUCCUCAACCACUCAUAUUCGUCAUGGAGCUGUUGCAGGUAGGAGACCCCAUGUCCUACCACAGAGAGUCAUGGAUGAUGGAGAAGGAUGAGAAGCUGCAAAAGGUGCCGGUUCUCCACAUGCAGGGCAACGUUCUGGUGAAGCAGAAACAAUUCACAGAGGCUGCCAGCAAGUACAAGGAAGCCGUUCUGCUGCUAAAAACAGUGCAGUCCAGGGAGAUGCCGGGUGAUGUAGACUACAUUAACUUGGGGCGAAUGAUUGUCCCCCUGGAGCUGAACUACUGCCAGUGUAUGCUGGAGCUAGAGGAGUACUACGAAGUUAUAGAGCACACAAAUGAGCUGCUGGAGAAACACAAAGACUGUGUGAAAGGCUACUACAAGCGGGCCAAGGCUCACGCUGCUGUUUGGAAUGAAAAAGAGGCGCGUAGAGACUUCAACAUGGUGGCCGAAUUGGACAUCACUCUGGCCGCGCUUGUUCGCCGAGAGCUGAAGGCUCUGUCAGAGCGCAUGAAGGUGAAGUACUCCGAGGAGAAGGAGCAAUACUGGAACAUGCUGGAGAAUAUGGAGGGUAACAGUAAAGAAGAGGAGGAAGAGAUACAUAAUGAAGAGAAGAAGAAGCGAGAUAAAGAAAGAGAAAAGAAACAAAGCGACGAUGACCUUGAAAGCAGCACAACAGCAACUAAAGCAGGAGAGAAAAAUGGUUCAGUUGAGAUCAAAUGUGUUGAAAAAGAAGAAUCUGGAGAAGAAAAGGUUACAUCAUCUGACGGAUGCAAGGAGGAAGAAAACAGCUCUGUAUUCGAAGUCUAUGCUUGUGAUAAAAUAGAGGGGAAGGACUGGCAACAGAUGUUGCGACUGGUCAUGUUGCUGCAGAACGAAGGAAACUUUCUCAUCAAAGAACAACGUUUUCAAGAAGCUUCUGCCAAGUUCAAGGAGGCUUUGGUAUAUGUGGACUUCUUACAAAACAAGCAGGUGGAUCAACACGGCGAGGACUGGGAGUCGCUGGAGAAGGUGCGUCUCCCUCUCAGUCUCAACCUCAGCCAGUGCAUGCUGGAGCUAAAACAAUACCAGGCGGUGGUGGAGCUAAACGGCAGGCUGCUGAAGAGCCAUAAAGGCAACUUUAAAGCCGUGUACCAGAGGGCGCGGGCACAUGCUGCACUGUGCAAUGACAAUGAAGCUCGAAGUGACUUCGCCAUGGUGGAGAAAUUGGAUCCAAAGUUCAAACCCUUUGUCCAGCAGGAGCUGAAAAUGCUGGGGGAAAGCAUCCGCAUCUUGCACGCCCGUCAGAACAAAAAUUACUGGGAAACAACAAAGGAGAAGUGGGGUCCUGGUGGAGGCAUGAACAAGGGUGUAGUAAGGAAGAAGAAUACUAACUCUGCUAAUAAAAUCACAGAAGAAAACACUGAGACGGAUAAAAAGACUGAAAACAGUGAAGUUGAAGAGAAGGAAAGCCCCAGAGAUCACCACCCUAUUGAGGCUGAAGGAGCAGGCGCCAAAGAAACAGAAACAAAUCCAGAUUUCAAAGCACAGCAUUGUGAUAAAGAGCAAAAAUGUGGGAGGACAAGCGAAUUGGAGUCAGGUGAAGAAAAAACUGUAAUGGUUGAGGUUCCUGAAGCAGAGAACCACACAACAGAUAAAGAUAGUGACCCUCCAUCCACCAGCUCAGAUAAUGUAGUGAGCGGGAGAUCAGUGCACGAUAAAGGGAAAAAGAAGGUCAAACGCCAAUCCGGAGAUGCACCAAACUCAUACAGAACAAAGUCAGGGACAGGAAAAGGAGACUUCGUCAGAACAGACCAAUAAAUUGACACCAUGGAAUCAAAAGUCACAAGAGUAGGUAAAAUAACAGAGAUAAAUAGCCCUAAAAACAGCAAUUAUAAUAUAGCUGGAGGUAGAAAAACAAAAUCAGGAAAUACCACUUAAAAACCAAAUAUAAACACAGAAAUAAAAUCAAUAUAAACAGCAUGUAGUUGGCCUCAUUCUGAGUUAAAUUGUUUUAUUCUAUUCUCAAAGGGCUUACCGCAGUCAAAUCACAUAAAAAAAGCACACACAGACAAGCAGUUUGCCAAAUACAAAGUUUUAUUUCUGUACACAAAGAGUAGAAAGCAGCCAGUAACCCACUUGUUAUUACAAUAAAAAGCUUCUCCUCAGAAAACCUCUGAUACAGAUUAAAAACUCCAGAGAGUAGACAGGAGAAAGUGUUGGAUGAUAAUGGAAAUCAAAACUGUUAAACAAUGAACUUCAAGGCGAUUUAUGAGGUAUACUAGUGGUGAGUUAAACAAAACAAAGAAACCUCAUUUCACCAGUAUGAAUAAAUAAUUUUAUGUGUAAAUAAAAAGAUGAAGGUUGGGUGAUAUAUAAUCCUGUUACAUGUUAUAUGAAAUACAUGAGCUCUUGUUACAUGAUCAGAUGCAACACGGGGUGGGCGGGGGUAUCAGGCAAAGGCAGGACAACAAUGAUGCCUGUGAGCAUUUUUGGCCAGUGAUCACAAUGUUCUUUUGGGGGCUUGCCCCUGUGGAGAGCCUUUAUCUUCAAAGACACAGUCUUCAACAUGCAGCACGGAGCAAGGACUGUUAGUGUGCAUGUUUGAGGAGGCAAUAUAGGUAAUAAAAUAUAAUAAGAGUAUGAUUACGAUUAUAAAUGAAACCUCAUCUGAUCACAGGUGAGACUCAAUCAUUAACUCGGGAGGUGAGGACUUGCUGAUGGUAGGCGAAGGAUGUAACAACUGACCUCAACAGAAACUUUACACAAGCAGCAGGACAUUGUGUUUUUCUAGAUGUGGGGAGAAACAUUGUUAAGGUAUCUGUAGUAUUGGUACACAGGAAGAAAGACAUAAGAAAUACCAUAGCUGAAACCAAAUCUCCACUUAUUGUUCUUGUUUAUGUAAGUUUAUGCUAGCUUUAGCGGUGCAGUCCAGCUAGCUCCUACAGGAGGUUAAAAAAGUAUAAUGCUGCAUUCCAUUCGCACUUGAAAGUUGAAAUUGUCAUGUUCUUAGUAGGAAAAAUAACCUGAAAUGCCAAUCAAAAUCAAACUUCCAAAAAAACAUCAAAUUAAUUUAUAUCUUCAAAUCCAAAAUGGCUACUGCACGUAUAACACUGCAGUAAAAAACCUGUUUAUAUGCUCUUCUGAUGGUUUUUACAUCAUUAAAUAGUUUUUUUAGUGAACGUGCUUCUACAGGAUGCUAUUUUCAUAAGAGCAGCAUGAAAUAGCAAAUCCCAAUAAUGUUGGCAAUAUCAUUAUGUGAGCUGCUUCGAAGCAAUAUUUUGUAGAUCAUAACAUUUCUGGGACCACAAUUCUGCUUGCCAAUAAUUAUGCAGUUGAAUACCAUCAUUGGCUUUCAUGCCACACUUGAUACACUGUAGAUCUUAAUAACACUAAAUGCUAAAACGCAAGGAGAGUUGUGGGAUUGUCAGGGGGAAGAAAAAAGAAAAUAAAAGUGUGGAAAAUGUGAAAUUUUAAUUUAAAAUUUUAUCUGAAAUCAUCAUCACAACAUUAACCAAUAAAAUCUCUGUUUUUCUAAUAUCAUGCAGCUCUUAUUUUCAUGUAUAACAUGUUAAAAAUCCUUGCUAAGGGCCAUAAAUGCUACAAUGCAAUAAAAAAAAAUGUGUUAAAUAACUAGGUAUGUGAUAAUUUUAAACAAAUUGCAGUACAUUAAAUGAAUGAAAAUAUCUAUUACUACACUGCCAUGUCAAUAAUUCAAUAAAUUCAACACUAAAUGAAUAAACACCAAAAUCAUCAACUGACACAUGAAUUCAUGUAAAAAUCAUAUGUAAUUGUUUUAGUAUUAAUUACUUAAUAUUUUAACAGUCCAACAUAAAAGAUUCAAAUUGUACUUAUGGAUCAGCAGAGACCCUAACAUCUGAUUAGUUACCUGCACAGCUACUCACUUGCAGACUAAUCACCUAGUUUAUAGCAUUAUUAGCUGUGAGGUAGACAAAGUAAAUUGAGGUAAUUCAUGAUUACCUAAUAGUAAAAAUAAAUAACUAAACAGUUAAAAAUGUGCUUUAAACAAUAAAGGAAUAUACAUGUAUUUAAUAAUGAUCACAGUUAGUUAUUUUGGUAAUUAUUAUAUUAUUAAAACAUUUAAAUAUUUAAAUAUAAAUAUUUAUUUAAGGUAUGUAUUUCCAAUUUUAUUUGAAUGAUAACAUCUCUAGGGGCAGAAACGUAUACAAGAUAAUACAUUGAUAACAAAUGCUAUUUAAUUUAUUUGUAAACUUGUAACAACUUUAAAAAUAACAUAUUAACUUUCUAAACAAGGUUUAAAUAAUUUUAUUUGUAGCGCAUGAUAAUAAUAAUAAAUAAACCGAACAUUAACAAUAGAUAUCAUCAGACUGAAUUAUAUCUGUUUAACUUCCAUCCAUUGGGGAAACUCAGUGGGAGUUUGAAAACAAUGUGCCGGGAUUUGGCUAUUCUCUCUGGGUUUGGUGCUCCUCGACCAUUUGGUCUGGAGCAGACAUCUCCGAACACGUCAGAGCACUUUUGCAAUUAAGCGAUAUCUUCAUUAAACAAGCAAAUACAGUAUUUUAAGCUUACACAGCUACCUUCUUGGCGGAAAACAUUGUAAAAGUUCAUUUUGUUUCACAGAAAGCACAGUAUAUCCAACUUUAGUCACAGCUUUUCUCUCUCCUCCGCCAUUGCUACUUCCAUUUAAACAAUCAGCUUCAACAUGCAAUGAAUCAUGGGAUAGGGUGGGCCACGAAGAAUACACCAUCCCCAUCUUUCCAAUCUAUGGAAAAAACCUUUGGGCAGCCUUUAUUGCUUCGUCAUGACGUAAUCGGCCUACAAAUAUGGCCUUCGAAGGAUGUAGCCCCAGAAUUUGACCACUGCAAUAAUGACAUCCAGGAAUUUGUGAAUCUGUGUUUGAUUACUCAUGGCCCAGAUGUGUGACACAAAAAAACUGAAUUUUGGAACUGAAAUUUAAUUAUAGAACUGAAAGUGAAAGUAAUCAAACAGAGUUUUUGAUACAACAAAAUAAUUUUGUUAAGGAAAUGAAUUUAGUUUCAAACCAUAAAAUUUUGUUUUACUUUGGUGAAAUUAAUUUUGAAACCAGGAAAUUUCAAUUCAAAUCACGCAAAUACACAUUCAGUCUCAGAGUAUUUCAAAUUUAGUUUCUGAUAGCUUAAGUUUCUGCCCAUACCACAUAGAUCAAUGUUUAUUUAAUAAAUUAUUUAUGCAUUUAGAUGUGCCACUUUUGGCUCUCAAUAGUUAUCAGCCUUGAAAUGUCAAAGCACAGAUUUCCUGCCAGUGACUAAACUUUCUGCUGCAUGUUAAGAAGCACGUAGCCAAAUCACUCUUUGUUUUGUUAUUUCCAGUAAAGGGAUUUGAUUUAUUUGGAGUUGUAAUGACGGUAAUCAGAAUAUAUCCAGCAUGGGUAAAAGUGAAACUCUUUUAAAUAUUUUCUGUGUUUUUGAGUCGCAAAGACUGUGUCUAACCAGAAUAGAUAUCAGUCUAAAGCCGGAGUCCCCUCCCUAUUGGCAAAUUGGGUUUUCCAAUGUGCAACUGAAGCAGGAUUCCAAGUUCCAACUUUCAAGCUAAAUGGAACACAGCAAAAAAGUAUUUUGUAAUUCGUUGAUUGAUUUCUCCCAUACAUCAGCCAUUAAGGCUGAUUAUUAUUGAAGUUACUGGAUUCACUGUGUCUGAGUCACUCUCAACAAACUCUAACGAGCAAUGUAACGUCAUUAAAUAUGCAUUACUUGUAUUUAUGUAACUGCCAUAAUUGUAUGAUAUUAAAAUAAAUAACAGCUGACAUGUUC